AUGGCCUCCAUCAAUAUUCUUGUGAUGAUAAUUUUACUUCACAUUCUCGUACUCUACAUGAUUAUCAACACAUCAAACUCCAGAGAAAAGUUACCAACAAUCCUUGUUUUUGGUGAUUCAACUGUGGACACUGGAAACAACAACUACAUUCAAACUUUGUUCAAGGGAAAUUUUCUCCCAUAUGGCCAAGAUUUUCCUGGGAAAAUUCCUACAGGAAGAUUUUCCGAUGGGAAACUUGUACCUGAUUUUCUUGCCAAUUUUCUAGGCAUCAAAGACACUGUUCCUCCUUUUCUGGAUCCUAAUUUGUCAGGAAAAGAACUCGUCUCUGGUGUUUGUUUUGCUUCAGGGGGAUCAGGGUUUGAUGAUUUGACAACUGCUGUAUCUAAAGUCAUCCCGGUUUCUAAACAGAUUGAGAUGUUCAGAGAUUAUGUAGUGAGGCUUAAGGGGAUUGUUGGUGGUGAUGAAGAAAAGGUUAAGAAGAUAAUUGGUAGUGCUUUGAUUGUGAUUAGUGCAGGCACUAACGACUUCAUUUUUAACUUUUACGACAUCCCCUCAAGAAAAUUGGAGUUCAAUAUUAGUGGGUACCAAGAUUUCUUGUUGGACAGGCUACAGUCCUUCGUUAAGGAACUAUAUGACCUUGGCGGCCGUAAGAUGGUGAUAGCUGGUUUGCCUCCAAUUGGUUGCUUGCCCAUACAAAUGACUGCAAAAUUUGAGAACCCAUUUGCUAGGAUUUGUUUGAAGGAUCAGAAUUCAGACGCUCAAUCUUACAACUACAAACUUGCUAAGCUGUUGUCUCGACUUCAAUCACUUCUUCCAAAAUGCAAAAUCAUUUAUGCAGACAUUUAUCGGCCGUUGAUUGACAUGAUUGAUCAUCCUAAAAAAUACGGAUUCGUGGAAACAAAGAGAGGGUGUUGUGGAAGUGGAGUAUUGGAAGCAGCAUUUCUAUGUAAUCCAUUAACCCCAACAUGUGGAAGGCCUUCAGAAUUCUUGUUUUGGGAUAGCAUUCACCCAACUCAAUCUGCCUACCAAUUCAUAUCUCAGUAUUUGGAGAUUGAAAUCUAUUCCAAGUUACUCUCUGAUAAACAUCUUCUAAAUUAAUCACUUAGAUCAACAAAAUCAUCAUCUUUGAGUUCUAGCGUUACACCAUUACGUUGCGUUAAUAGUCUCAUCAAAUUGAUAACGUAUCGAUAAAAUCAC